AUGAUAAUCUCUGAUACGUACCGCUGGUUUUAUUUCCUCUAUAGCUCUCUCAGCGUUUCGGGUGGGGGUGAGCCUUCUCCACUAAGUGCUAGUGGCACUGGGCCUCCUUUGCGUCUUCGUUUUGCAAAGGAGGCCGGUCAUUAUACUUUGAUGGAACAGCAGUUGGCAGCUUGCGAGGGCGGUUCUCUGUCACAGCUUGUUCUCUCAGUUGCCUGUGUGGGUGACUCCGCCACGAGUGAACUGACUGUCACCACGUCUGCAUUGACUCCUGGAGCAGGCCCUUUGCAGACAUUGCCUGUGGUGGCUACUUCUGCUCAGCCUGUUGCUGCAACCAUAGUAACCGAAUCGGUAACUGCUACAGGUAGCAGCAAUCACGGCACAGCUAUUUUAUCGAAUAACCUUGCGAAUGGAGUCUCGCUCAUUUCGCCCACAAGUUUGGUCGCCACUGUAUCUGGGCCUACUCCACCUACCCUAACUGCUGGUUGUAGUGAUGGUCCUACGGUAUCUGUAAGAUCCAGCUCUUCGGCACCCAUUGCGACUGUCAUCGUAGAUAGUAAGCUUGAGACUAAUGACUCCGAUCCAGCAGAAUUGCAGCUACCGGUGGCAUCUGAGUCAAGUGGUGACUUAAAGAAGACUACUCCUGUACCUAGUCCAGCGAAGGCGGAAGAACAGGCUGAGGUAAUUUGA